AUGGCCAAGUGGUUGGGCAACAAGAAGUUGGCAAAUCUGGAAGACAAUGAGGCAAAGAGACGUCAAAUAAACCAGUGGGUGUCGGAACAAACGAAAUCAAAGAUCCAGGAACUUAUCCCGGUUGGUUCGUUGUCAGAAGAGGCACCGCUGUUCAUCGCAAAUACCAUUUAUUUCAAAAGCGCUUGGGAUAGCACAUUCAAAGAAAGCGAAACUAAACCUGCUGCUUUUUAUGAUCUGGAUGGCAGUGAAACACAGGUGAAGACAAUGAAUAAAAUUGGCUCGUUUAAAUAUGUGGUAUUAUCCGAUUUGGGCGUCAAGGCAAUCAAGAUUCCUUUUGAGGAUACUCAAUAUGAACUACUGAUAAUCCUUCCGGACGCGAAUGAUGGUCUUAUUAAAUGGCUUCAGCAGCUGAAAUCUGAAGACGCCCUGAAGGCGGUGCUACAAGGACCAUUUGAAGACGAGUAUUUAACAUUAUACCUUCCUCGAUUCAAGUUGGACGGGAUUCCACCAAUGAAUUUGAAGGCACAUUUGUCUUCACUCGGACUUCAGUCAUUGUUUUCUAGGGAUGCUGAUCUCUCACUUAUUACAGAAGACUCGAAACUUUACGUCGAUAAGCUGCUGCACAAAACGUUUAUAUCA